GGGAAGGAAGCGUACUAGGGGAAAAAAAUAAGUGUAUUUUUUUCUUCUUUUCGCAGUCAGCCCCCACUGAACCGCAGCGAUGUCCCCGCACCGCCCCUGCGGGAAUGCUCCCCCCCCUCCGAGUCGCGAGUGGUGCCGCCCGGUCAGGCCGCCGCGUUGCCCGGCAACCGGCACAGCCGCCGCGGCGUUGAGGUACUGAGGAAUUUUAGUACCAUUCUGACUCCAUUUCUUUCCUAACAUGGACAUGGUUCAAUCAGCGUCCACAGAAGUCACGAUCAAUAAUGAAUCCUUCAAGAAAAUACCCAGUGUCCUUCUGGACAGCCUAGUGGAGGAACCUAAAAAAAGCCAUUAUGUCCCUCAUCACUUGCUGGAAUCAAAGAUUUAUUCAGAACAUCAGAGGAGCAAGGUUAUACAGGCUGAGCCUGCUGUGUUACACUAUGGAGGAUAUGAGAUUGGAAAACAUCACCAACAGACACUAAAGCUGAUAAAUAUUUCUGGUGAUGUAGCAAACCUUCACAUAAUACCACCCCAGACAAAAUAUUUUCAGAUCAAAUACAACAAAACACACCGGCUUGUCCCUGGCUUAUCAUAUACGGUUAGUGUCGAUUUCUGUCCUGAUGAGUGGCGAUAUUACUAUGACUGCGUUCGAAUUCACUGCCAGGGAGAAGAUACAUUAGUUGUACCUUUACAUGCUUACCCUGCUGUGAAUGUUGUGGAAUUUCCAUCAUUUAUAAAUCUGCCCGAUGUACCAGUUGGUAAGAGUAAGGAAUAUGUUAUCCUGUUGCAGUGCAGCUGUCCGAUAGAUUUUGAAUUCCACAUUGAUUUUAUUCAGCCUCACAGAGCAUUCACUGUCCAGCCAACAUCUGGAAUAAUUCCAGGCAACGGGAAAGUGGAAGUCACUGUGAAAUAUUCCCCAACUGAGUAUGGAACAGCACGAAUGACAAUGCAGUUACGGAUUUUACAGUUUCACUCAAAACCCUACAUGUGUGUGUUCACUGGAACAUCAACACCACGUCUGGGUCUCAUAAAAGAACAUUUUGACAAACAACGAAGUCAUUCAGAGAAAAAAGCUGCAAGAAAAUCCAUGGUGUGGCGAAGAGACCCGUUCAUCCAACCACGACUGAGGCCUAUUCAGAAAGUAAAGGAAAUUGAAUACCAGAACCUCAGAUUCCCCACAGACUUGUCAAAUCCGUAUGCUGUAGCCACUGUUUUGAACCAGGAACCAGGCAAAUUGAAGAUGAAGGACUUGAAAAAAGCCCUUUGCCCAGGCAGUGAAGAGAUAAAAACAAGACAGAUGAAGGAAGCCAUAUUUCAACUAAAAGUUAAACAAAAUAUUCAGGAAGAGGAAGCAAAUCAUCUGAAGUGGCAAAUUCAUAAAGGAAAAGAUCCAAUUUCCGUGGAAUGUAAAAAAGAGAUUAUUGAACACCGACAAAGAGAAGAAGAGCAAUACAAGAUCCAAAGAGGAGAUCCUAUCAUAGAACAGGAGUUUCAAAGGAAUGAACUAGAAGUUUCUUUCAGACGUGUUAUCCGGCCUGUUGACCAGCAUCCAAGCGUCCAUCCCACGUUUGACUUGUUCUGUAAUGACCCCUGGGACAACAGAAACAGGAUGUUGAGGCAAUUCCAACAAGCAGCAUACAAGAUUGUGAUGCAGAUUCGGCUAAAUCGUUUGCUGCUUCUGUUGCGUGGGCUAACCAGAGAAGCCAGGGGUCUGGAGAAAGGCUCUGUGUCUGAAAAUAGGACUUUCAGCAAAACAGAGGAGAAUGAAGAAUAUAAGGGCAUUUCUGGCAGGAUAUCUGAAGAUCGUUUAUUGCCUUUUGAAUUCCCCUUUUGCAGUUCCCAUGAAUUGCACCGUGAUUUGGCACCUGAUGCUCUUGGCCUAGUUCCUAUCGAAUCUGUAGAUGUGAAAGUCAGACACAUUCUUCCUUUUUAUGACUUGAAGGUUCCUCAGCAUUUCAGCAUUAUGAAGUACAAGCCAUUUUGUACGCACCAUGCAGCCACAAGUUACAAACCUCGAAAACUUUCCCGACCACUGCGUCAGGGAGCCCAGGAUGAGUUGAUUCAAGUAAUUGCUUCUCCUGUGGGGCAACUUAACCUGGCCUCCCAGAGGAUGGAUUUUCACAAAACAUCCCCCGAAGAAGUAGCAGAAAGAGAUAUCAGCCUUUUAAAACUGGUUCCUCCCCAAGCUUUAGUCUACCCUACAGAGAGCAACCCACUUCGCAUUUUUAACCCCACUCCGGGAUUAAUUCCAUUUUUACCUCCUUUGGCCUAUUGUGAAACAAAUAUUGAAUAUCAUCUUUGUCCUCAUCCAAAAUAUACCUUUACCAAGGAAUGCCCCAAAGGAUCCAGUAUUCCAGUCACACAGAAGAAAUUUCUGCAUCAUGAGGAAGUGAUCUGUGGAGUAAUGGAAUGGAGAAGAUUCUUACCAGUGGUUUAUUCCACUUUUUCUAACACUCCCACACGGACAAGUACACUAUCUAGGGAUCCAUAUAGUUUAGAUAUGCUUCCAAGAGAUGUUCCACCAGUGCUGCAUGACUUGCCUGAGAGAGACAGGGAGAACAUAACUGAUCAUGAGACAGACGAAACUGAGUUCGAAAUGCUUCUUACUCCAGAGAUGGUGAGAGCUGAAUUUCCACAGAUUGGAGAGGCACUUUCAGAAGAAGGCAAAGAAAAACCAGCAAAAGAAGAAAGAGACCCAGAUGGACAUUUUCAACUCCAAACCAGUGAGCUCAGAGAGAAGGUUCAAAAACGUGUGGAAGAAAUUAAGCUGAAAGCCCUAAAUAAAACCCUUAUUCUGGGAUAAGAAGAAUUGUACAAAAUCCAUGCCUUGGCACUGCUUAUCCCCUUAAUCCAUGAGGCCUUCUGUGUCCCAGCUACAUGUACUUAUGUUCAGUGAGGUCAGCGACUUCUUAUGCAAAGAGAAGAGAAUCACCGGUAGUGCCACGCCUGUCAAGGACUCUGUGACCCUUGCCUCGAGCACAGUAAUUGCUCCAAUGAGAAUCCUCAGCCACGUACCUGCUCAUUUUGUGCUGGAGUGAAGGGCCAGAAAAGCACAGUACUACCUAUGUAAAUAAUUUGGUAAUUAAUUUACAGUCCACUAUUUUCAAAUAAAAUUUGAAAAAUCCUCAUGACCAAAUUCUUCUGAUUUUGUUUUUUUCAGUUGUGACCUGUCCUUGACUUUUUGCAGGUAAAUCACUAAAUCUCAGACCUGACUGUAAACGACACACUUGAAAUAUUUAAUGAAAGUGAAGACUUGAACAUAGUUACUGUCCACAAAGAGAAAGUCCAAGCAGAUCACAUUGGCUGUUCAGGGGGUUAAUUCAAUGCACAGCUCUCUUGGCAAAAGAGUGGAUUGAGUCGAUGAGUUCCAGAGCUUUGUAAGAGAUGUGUAAUGCUGGGGGUGUAUUCCCUAGGAAAGGAG